UCACACAUGACUCACGCCCUUCCGUUUUUGGGCCAAGACAUGACUCACGCCUUGUUUAAAUAAUGGAUGUGCAUGAAGCUCACUUUUUCUACUUAGAUACAUGCUCAGAAAUACACAAUUCAAUUUAAAUCCAACCAAUUUAAACACUGUUUACACAUCAUUUGAUGAACCAGAACCAUACAAUACAAACUUAGCUUAAAUAUACAAUUGAGGUUAAAAACAUGACAGAUGCAUUUAGCCUACAGUACACCCCUCCACCAGCUAUUGACUCCAAAAGCAUCAGGCAUACAUAAUGCAUAUAUAUACACUACCAUCACCACAAAGCAACUCCCCCCAAGUUGACAUUUUAUUCCUUUUCCCUAUAUUUUCAACUUAUAGUCAUAUGACUCAGAAAUUAAUAUAUAUUUUUUUUAUAAGAACUCAGAAAUUAAUAUAAACAUGGCUGCCAAAAUAUACACUUCUGUAUCAUUCCUCUGAUUCUUUUUUCAUAGAAAUUGAACUCUCAAUACAAAACACCAUGAACAACACUUCCAAUUCUGAUAACCCUUUAGAGAACUUAAAUAUAUUAACAUAUUAUUAUAUUGGACUGUCUUUUGCUCUUAUCUUCCUCAUGGUGUUCAUAGCUCUAUUUUCAUGUUACUGUAACAACAGAAACCGCCAAAACAGGCUGCAAUUUAGAGGAAGAAAUUCUAACAGACCAAUGGUCAUCACAGAGACGGAUAAUGAAGUGAAUAUGGACGUUUGUGAGGAAGAACAAGAUUCCAUUCUUAAUAGUUACCCUGUUUUGUUGUUCUCUCAAGUCAAGCUUCACCAUAAAGAUGAUUCAACAUCACUCAUUUGCUCAAUUUGUUUGGCAGAUUAUAAAGAUUCAGAGUUGUUGCGACUCUUAUCUGAUUGUGGUCAUUUUUUUCAUAAGGAAUGUGUCGCUACAUGGUUUAGGCUAAACAUGUCAUGUCCUAUGUGUCGGAACUCGCCACUUCCAACACCCAUUGCUCAAGUUACACCAUUGGCAAACCAAACAACACAUGAUUGAGUAGUAACAGCUCUUCAAAGUGUUAAUUAGAAGGCACAUAUGAAAAUUUUGAAUGUGAAUCUUGUAAUGUAUGCUUAGAAAUUUAAUAUUGCAUCUGCGCCAAUAUACACAGCAACAUCGAAAUGCAAUUGUUUAUUUGUGUUGUUAUUGUUAUUGUAAAUCACAAAAAAAAAACUUAGUAACACCACAACGAUCGCAACAUAGUGGGUUUAACAGCCGCAUCAAGCCGCAAAUAAUCUUGAGCAGUUCUUAGCCAACCUCUAAAGGUACCUUACAACUGUUUAUCACCAUCUUUAUAACCGUCCUUCCUAUAUUGAAUGACACAAUAAGGAGAUAAAUGUUAAGUGGAUCCAUCCUCCUAUAAACUAUUGCAAUUUGCAAACUUAAUAUCGAUGUGUAAUUCUAGGGUAACACUAGCCUUUCUACUUGUGGAGGACUCAUCGGAUAUUA